UCCGAUCUUUACCCUAUAAAUUUCUGUCGCUCUCGGCGCUCCUGUCUAUCUUCCAACCCAGCCACUACUCUUAUUAUUAAUUCGACGAUUCCCCUCUAUUAGGUUUGAGAGGGGCGAGGGAUCAGAGAAGCAGAGAAAACAAUUUUCCCCAAGUUGCAGAACCCCUGGUUCUUUCAACUUUUCCUUCCAUGGCUUCAAUGUCAACGAUUUUCGUUCAAACUCACUGCCCGGCACGCGCGCUACCCAAAUCAUUCACCACCCACAUCGCCCCGCCGCUCAAAGUUUCCUUCUUGGCGAAACCCCGAAGCAGGGCCGUCCGGGUCAGGGCCGGAUUGAUCGAGCCGGACGGCGGGAAGCUGGUGGACCUAUUUGUCGACAAGACCCAGAGAGAUGUCUGGCGGAGGGAGGCGGUGGCUCUCCCCAAGGUGAAGCUGACCAGCAUCGACCUUCAGUGGGUCCACGUGCUGAGCGAAGGAUGGGCGAGUCCCCUCCGCGGGUUCAUGAGAGAAUCCGAGUUCCUCCAAACACUUCAUUUCAACUCGCUCCGUCUUGAGGACGGAUCGGUUGUCAACAUGUCGGUGCCGAUUGUGCUCGCCAUCGACGAUUCGCAGAAGCAGCGGAUCGCUGACUCCAAAAGGGUCGCCCUCGUUGACUCUAGCGACAAUACCAUCGCGGUUUUGAACGAUAUUGAAAUAUACAAGCACCCCAAGGAAGAAAGGAUAGCAAGAACAUGGGGAACAACUGCUCCUGGUUUACCUUAUGUUGAGCAAACCAUUACUGGUUCUGGGAACUGGCUGAUUGGUGGGGACCUAGAGGUUAUAGAGCCUAUCAAGUACCAUGAUGGCCUGGAUCGCUUUCGUUUGUCACCAGCCGAGCUUCGUGAGGAAUUCGAGAGGCGGAAUGCAGAUGCUGUGUUUGCAUUCCAGCUCAGGAACCCUGUGCACAAUGGCCAUGCUUUGCUGAUGACAGAUACUCGUAAGAGGCUUCUUGACAUGGGGUACAAGAACCCAGUCCUUCUGCUCCAUCCACUUGGAGGCUACACCAAGGCUGAUGAUGUUCCGCUAAGCUGGCGAAUGAAGCAGCACGAAAAGGUGCUGGAGGAUGGUGUGCUUGAUCCUGAAACAACUGUGGUUUCUAUAUUCCCAUCCCCAAUGCACUAUGCCGGUCCAACCGAGGUGCAGUGGCAUGCGAAAGCUCGGAUCAAUGCAGGAGCCAACUUUUACAUAGUGGGAAGGGACCCGGCUGGAAUGAGCCACCCAGUUGAAAAAAGAGAUCUGUAUGAUGCUGACCAUGGAAAGAAGGUGCUGAGUAUGGCACCCGGGCUGGAGCGGCUGAACAUCCUUCCUUUCAAGGUUGCUGCAUAUGACAAGACACAGGGCAAAAUGGCUUUCUUCGAUCCAUCCCGUGCUCAGGACUUCCUCUUCAUAUCCGGCACCAAGAUGCGAACCCUUGCCAAGACCGGAGAGAACCCGCCUGACGGAUUCAUGUGCCCUGGCGGAUGGAAAGUUCUGGUUGAUUACUACGAAAGCUUGGCUCCGGCACAGAAUGGGAAAGUCGGUGAACCUGUUCCGGCAUAAUAGUCCCGCACCACUCUGGCUUUUCUCUGUACCAUAAUGGAGUGCCAAUUUGCCAGCAUUAGUAGAAGAAAGUUUCGAAAAAUACAUUUGGAUAUUUGCAUUGCAUCUGUAAAUAUUUUGCUGUGUGGGUUCAGAAUCUCUGAAUAAAGGGGGGGAGCAUUGGUAACAGAACAUAACUUUAUGCUUCCAAAACAAUAUGGGUCGUCGGUCAUCCACUAGGCCAUGACAUCAGGGCCGACUGCACUUUUCUGGGUUGUACAUUUUUCAACUACGUUGAAAACGCUUGCUUGUUACGCCUGCCUCUUCUGUAUGACAUUAAUGUGAAAUAUUCUUGUUCUGGAUUUAUCAAGUUUUGUUCAUGUUU